GUGCGGGUACGAAGAUUACCGAAGUGUGGUGAAUCAGAAAAAAAUAAGAACCUGCAAAAAUUUUCUUCCCAAUCUUAUCGCAUUUUUUGCGAUAAAUGUACGCGAUAAUCUCACGCGAGGGUGUUUGGUGAUAAAAUUUGCGCGCAAGGGUGCGGAAAAAAGUGACAUUUUGUGAAAUUUUAUGUGUUUUCUAGCUCAAAAAGGAGAUCUUCCUUGCAUUUUGAGGUUAUAACCACUCCCUGUGUUUUCCUUUUAUUUGUGUUUGUUUUCUCGUGCACAAUUUUUCCGUGAAAAUGUGGAAAGCCACCGCUGGCCGGGACACACAGGCAUUUGGGAAUGUGAAUAAUGGGGAUGAUGACUGGGAGACAGAUCCGGAUUUCGUGAAUGACGUGACGGAGGAGGAACAACGAUGGGGCUCCAAGGGGGGUCGAACAGCCGGUGCAAUUGAUAUGGAGAAGCUGCGAACGGAGACAGAACAGGCAGAUGCGGAGAAGAAGAAGAAAGCAUUGGAUGAGACGAAUCCCGGGUACGGGUAUGGUGGGAAGUUUGGCCUGGAGGCUGAUCGAAUGGAUAAGUCCGCCAUGGGGCAUGAUUACGUGGGGAAGGUGGAGAAACAUGCCUCCCAGAAGGACUACAGUGAAGGAUUUGGGGGGAAGUUUGGGAUUCAGGCUGAUCGUGUGGACAAGAGCGCCAUGAAUUGGGACUACAAGGAGCGCGUGGAGAAGCACGCGUCGCAGAAGGACUACGCCGCGGGUUUUGGGGGGAAAUACGGCGUUCAGAGCGAUCGAGUGGAUAAGAGUGCCGUUGGAUGGGAUCACGUUGAGAAGGUGGAGAAGCAUGAGAGUCAGAAAGACUACAGUCGUGGCUUUGGUGGGAAAUUUGGCAUUCAGGAAGAUCGUCAGGAUAAAUCUGCCCUGGGGUGGGAUCACGUGGAAAAGCCACAGAAGCAUGAGAGUCAGCUGGAUCACAAGAAGGGCUUUGGAGGACAAUUUGGUGUGCAGCAGGAUCGCAUGGAUAAGUCAGCUAUUGGCUUCGGGGAGGCUCCCAAAGUUGGUACGAACUACACCAAAGUCAAGCCAGACAUUGGUGGGGCUAAACCAUCGAGCUUGAGGGCUAAAUUUGAGAAUCUGGCCAUGCAAUCGGAGCAGGAUGCCGUGGAGAAGGCUGCCGAACAGAAGAGACUGCGUGAGGAGAAGGAUCGCCUGGAUCGCGAGGAAGCAGCCAAGAGGCAGGUGUUUGAGAGUGAGGGGAAGAAUGAGGAGAAGAAGCCCGAGAGGAGGAGUAUUAUCACCACCGGAAGGUCUGAGGGCGUUGGCAGUGCAAUUAGUGCUUUCAAUACGCCUCCGCCACAAGAGAGCGUUCCCGAGAGGAAGCAACCCAUCUCCAUUCCAAAAGCAGCAGCACCCGUUGAGGAGCAGCCAGAAGUGCGUGAGGAAGUGAAGGAGGAACCGCAGAAGGAAGAGCCACAGGAGCCACGUGUGGCUUCAGUUCAGCCAGAUAUCAUUCCGAAGAAUGACAGGAUCGAUCCACCGGCUAGUUUUGCCAGCGAUCCCGCCCCUGAGACGCCGCCAGUUGUCACGAAUGCCCAAGAAGUUCCCGAGGAGGCAAUUUAUCAAAACCUCGCGGAAUACAUUGAGGACACUGGACUCAAAGCGGUAGCCUUGUAUGACUACCAGGCUGCUGCUGAAGAUGAGAUUUCCUUCGAUCCCGAAGAUACCAUCACGCACAUUGAAAUGAUUGAUGAAGGAUGGUGGAGGGGUUUGUGCAAGAAUCGCUACGGGCUCUUCCCGGCCAAUUAUGUGCAAUUGCAGCAACAAUCUUAAAACACCGAACAUGGGAACUCCUUAGCCGCCAAAUUCGAGCAAAGUGAUUCUUUUUUUUAUCGUUGUUAUCAUCGUGUGUUUUAAGAACAUAUUUAAAGCAUAAAAAAACCUUUCAAGUCAUUCUAAUCGCAUAAAAUGAAACGAAAAAUGGAUUUUUUUUCGACUGUCGCGUAGGUCGCGUAUUAUUUUAUUUUAUUUUUUUUUUAAUACAAAAUUGUAUUAUUUUAAUUUUAAAUGAAAAAUAUCUUUUAUUGCAAGAUUUUUAUGAUUCAAUUGAGUCAGAGAGCAAAUUGUACUUCCUUUUUUUACAAUUAUAUUGAAGAAAGACAACAAUGAAAAUUAAUAAAAAUAAAAAAACUAUGAGAUAAUGUUCAAA